UUUCCUCCCAGUAACUUUUUUCAGCAAUCCUGGCUCUUCCCCACAUGGCAUGUGUUAGUGUUUAACCAGCGUUCAGGAGGCAAAGAGUAACCCAGUCCCUGAUCCAGUCACCGCUCUCCACUGUCCAACAUGAAGACCUACGGCAAAAUCUUCAGCAAAAUCUGCAGAGCCAUUUCCAUCCGCAACAGGUGGGCACGGGAAGCCCUGGCAGAGCUCAUAUCCACCUUCAUCAUGAUGCUCUUCGGACUGGGAUCUGUUGCUCAGGUGGUGUUAGGAAGACAUCAGUUUGGCCAAUAUCUCAGCAUUAAUCUCUCGUUUGGGCUUGGAGUCACCAUGGGAAUCCAUGUGGCCGGAGGAGUUUCUGGUGCUCAUAUGAACUCUGCCGUGUCACUAACAAACGCCGUUCUGGGAAAUCUGCCUUGGAAAAAACUGCCAGUUUAUGUACUGGCCCAAAUGCUCGGAUCCUUCCUGGCAGCUGUAGUGGUGUAUUGUCUCUAUUCUGAGGCAAUGUACAACUACUGCGGUGGAAACUUCACAGUGACAGGUCCAAAUGAGACAGCCAGUAUAUUUGCCACAUACCCGCAGCCCUACUUGUCCAUUGGAGGAGGGUUCUUGGACCAGGUCAUUGGCACAGCAGCCUUGUUACUUUGCCUCCUUGCAAUUGGUGACAUUAAGAAUAGCCCGGCCCUUAGGGGGACUGAAGCUCUUAUAGUAGGACUGUUGGUCACUGUCAUUGGGAUGUCCAUGGGAAUGAAUUCUGGAUACGCCAUCAACCCAGCAAGGGAUCUUGGACCCCGGGUCUUUACUGCUAUUGCUGGAUGGGGAAUAGAAGUAUUCCGAGCCGGACAUUACUGGAGCUGGGUCCCCAUCGUGGCUCCAUGUGUUGGUGGCCUGACCGGUGCCUUUCUGUACAAGCUUCUUGUUGGGCUUCACCAUCAGCCGGAGGAAGAAGAGACCAAAGUGGAGGAGAUGGAGAAAGGGAACCAAGAGACUUUCAGUGAGUUCAUGUGAACGCCAGGAGCAGCAAUGGAGAUGGCAUCAAUGGAACCGGCUGGACCGUAACCUUGUGGCCAUCGGCAGGACAUGUGUAAAGCCCUUGUAGUGGCUCUCCGUAUACACAGCACUCGCUGCUACAGUCUAUCACAUACACGGCCAUGUACUGUACAUAUGCAGUGUGAGCAGCUAGUGAAACCCGGCCAGGCACCCUUUCCCUCUUGGCUCAGAGAUACCUGGGGGGGGAGGGCAGCAGUGCACUUUGGGGAAUUAAUUCUAGGGGGACGGCAGCAGUGAACUUGGAGGAAUUAAUUCUAGGGGGGAAGAAGCAGUGAACUUGGAGGAAUUAAUUCUAGGGGGACGGCAGCAGUGAACUUGGGGGAAUUAAUUCUAGGGGGACGGCAGCAGUGAACUUGGAGGAAUUAAUUCUAGGGGGGGAAGAAGCAGUGAACUUGGAGGAAUUAAUUCUAGGGGGACGGCAGCAGUGAACUUGGGGGAAUUAAUUCUAGGGGGACGGCAGCAGUGAACUUGGAGGAAUUAAUUCUAGGGGGGGAAGAAGCAGUGAACUUGGAGGAAUUAAUUCUAGGGGGACGGCAGCAGUGAACUUGGGGGAAUUAAUUCUAGGGGGGAAGAAGCAGUGAACUUGGAGGAAUUAAUUCUAGGGGGACGGCAGCAGUGAACUUGGGGGAAUUAAUUCUAGGGGGACGGUAGUAGUAAACUUGGAGGAAUUAAUUCUAGGGGGACGGCAGUAGUGAACUUGUGGGAAUUAAUUCUAGGGGGACGGCAGUAGUGAACUUGGGGGAAUUAAUUCUAGGGGGACGGCAGUAGUGAACUUGGAGGAAUUAAUUCUAGGGGGACGGCAGCAGUAAACUUGGAGGAAUUAAUUCUAGGGGGACGGCAUAGUGAACUUGGGGGAAUUAAUUCUAGGGGGACGGCAGCAGUGCACUUGGGGGAAUGAUUUCCUGGGGGGCGACAGCAGUGAACUUGGGGGAAUUAGGGAGAGAGUGGCUCCCUUCAGUGAAUGAAACGAGUACAGCUUGUAUGUAGUAGCCCUUAUUUCAGGUUGCAAUAUAGAGUUUAUACAGUAAAUACAUAAGUUGUAUAUAGCCCAACGAUAGCUAGACCAUUUUGAGUGUCAUUAAAUGAGUUCUGGGGCAUCUUUGGAGGCAACAACAGGUGGAAAUUUGCCCCUGUAUUGAUGCCAUAAAAAUGUCACUUUAAUAUUUAAUAGGAGCCCAAAGAGCAGCGCUCAAAGCUGUGACGCAAGGGAACCCUGUACCCCUCCAUGAGUGAACAACCUUUCAAUACCCUGGAAUUUUGGGAUAAAUACAGCAUUGUGUUGUAAAACAAACAAACAUGCUGCCGUGUGCAGAUCUUUGCACUUUGCCUGCUCAUAGUAAAUGGCUCUUUCCUACGGUUAUUUAUAUAUUUAGUUAUGUCUGUGUGUUCCUCAACCUAACCUUUCCAGAUGUAACCAACCCACAGCACUAGUCACCUAUUUGUAAUGUGCUGACAGACAGCAUGGCUGAGUUGUUUGCAGCAGGAAAACACAAGUUAGGUUGGAAAGGCACACAUUGAUAAAGCAUUUAUAUCUCAAAAACUAAAAGAGAGAAACUGAAUCCUCUACCGUUUGGGGGAAUAUUGAUAUCAAUGAGUUUCCCCUUUAAUCACUUGAGAAAAACAAUUCUUUCAUCAGUUUCUUGCCUCGUAACGGAAUCACCCAAAGGUCCCAUUUACAGCAUUUUGGACUCUCAGCAUCAA